AUGUCGCUCACCGCUGAGCUGUUUGGGGCCGCAACUCCGUCAUCGACCUCUCCGAGUGAAAAGCUGAAAAAAAAAGGGACUAGCAAAAACAGUGUUGUGGCGACCUCCACCGUGUUUGAACCGACGAAAAAAGCGGCAUUUGACAUAUUUGCUGUUGCCCCGGAGGUGAGAAAAGCAACACGUAGGGAAAAGCAGCGACUUCGGAUUGAGGAGGGUGUAUCAAGGAAGAAUGGCACAUGGAAGGGAAAAGGAGAGUCGGCGACGGAGGAUGAAAUAUUUCGGACGGUGAUUGUAGACAAUACAACCGGUGGCGAUGAAGUUGGGGAGAGCAAGCCAGACGGACGCAAAAAACAACUUCGUCACGCCCUCCACCAAAAUGAGGAGGAAGACAGCCGCACCGUUUUCGUGGGAAAUCUUGUGAAUGAUGUCAAACGCCGUGUUUUGGAGAAAGUAUUCAAAACCUGUGGUCCCAUCGAGUCGGUACGUAUCCGGGCGCAAGCUCUGGAAGGAGAGAAGGAUCUUAACGGCGGCGAGGCGACAGUUCAGCCGAGGGGUGUGGGUCGCGCUAUUCGUGUACUCCGUGGUGACGUUAAGAAGGGGGAGCAGUACAGUGCUGUGGCAUACGUGUUAUUCAAGGAUAAAUCAUCCAUUAAAGAGGCACUUGAUAAAAAUGGUGUUGUUGUUGAGGGUCGCCACAUUGUCGUGACAACACUGGACCCCGAAGGCCGCGAGUACGCGCCCGAGACAUCAGUGUUUGUUGGGAACGUUGCUUACGACAGCAACGAGGAAGCACUCUGGAACUUCUUCGUGGAAAAGGGGAUACGAGAUGUGAAACGCGUUCGCCUUGUACGUGAUCGAGAGUCCGGCAUGUGUAAAGGUUUCGGUUAUGUAGAAUUUCAAAGCAAGGGUUCCGUUGCAGCUGCCAUUGCUCUCCGCGGUACGCUGUUCAUGGAUCGUGAGAUUCGCAUUGUCCACGUACAGAAAUCUAAGGCUGUUACGGCAUCAAAGGCAACUCGACGAGAGAAGCGCAAGCUUGGGACUCGGGGUGAAGUGGCCGAUAGUCGUUCACAAGGGGCGGAGGGAAACGGAAAGCGAAUGCGUACAGAAGGAAAGACAAAGGUGCAGGGGCCUGUAGAUGAUCAACCUCCGUGGAUGGGAGUUGUGACAAACCCUCGAAGGAAAAUACCGAAGGAUUUGCGGCCAUUAGUGGAAGGAAAGAAGAGUUUCUCGUCGCCAGCGCCCCGGGCCCCCGUGAAGCGGAAGAUGCGGAACCCGGAGAAGGGACACUAG